UCAUCUGUUGAAGACAAUGCGUACCAAGUUUUGGCUCAAGAACUGUCUCUUCUGAGUCCCCGUGCUGGACAGUACAAAUUGGAGGAAAUAGAUUUGAUCAAUCGAAAUGCGAAACUGAUGCUCUACUAUUGUCGUCGCAAACACUUUCAUCACUAUACUGUCUGCGCGGUUCCGGACGGCAGUGAUCGAGGUCGACGAAACAGUGCAGAAUUGGACGACAAUGGGGAUUUGGAAAGUUUACUCCUACCGGCCAACGAUCUGUUACCGUCGAUGGAUACUUCCGGUCGAACGGAACCGUGGCGUCAGGCGGCAAGAUCCAAAUCCACCGAGGAGUUGGACAAUCUCAGUGGAUGCACACGUCAUUCAUCCCAAUCACAACCGAUCAAAUCAAACCGGUCUAGUACACUGAAUCAGUCAAGUGAACCGGUCAACCCGGAUACACAAUCACUCGUGACUACCAACAGUUUGAGCGUUCAAACCUGUUUGUUAGAAGAUACUCGUGCCGUGGAAUUCACUACCAUGCCUCUGUGCGGAACAGUAACACUCAGUGUUGCUUUCCCUUCCACUUAUCCGGCCACGAUACCUGUAUUCACAGUGACUGACAGUAAUCCGCCAUUACCGAACGAAGUGGUUGAACAGUUAAAACAGCGCUCGGGUACACAGUCGGUGGAUACUCUCGAUUCCGCUUCGGUUCGCGAUCAACCAUCUCGUUCAGAUGAACAUGCAACAGGUAUCGGUGCGACCACAGAAUUUGCACCCAUCACCUCGAUUCGGUUGGAACAAGAUGAUGCGUUACGAUGUCCGUUCCCACGACUUUCCGGCGGGCACUUUGCACCUAACGGACAGUUAGUCACAUUCGGGCUCUCCCAAGGGUCUUGGAAUGUCAUUGUGGCCGACAUUCUGACCACUACAUCUGUGGAGAGUUCAGAUCCGUCCAACUGUGCACCUCAGACCGGAUUGCGCGGACAGAACUACCUGCCACGUUGUUUCCAUGAGUUUUGUCAAAUCAGACAACAGAUGCUGCGUACCACUGGAGCACCCACCUGUUUCCCCAGUCAGACUAAUGAUCAUCCGGAUCGGGAGCCAGUGAUUCACCCAAAUGGAGAUGGUGCGCCAGAUGAGGCAUCCGAUGUGAUCGGGGAUGAACGAAGCACAUCCGGGGAACUACAACUGAAAGAAAUGAUUCAAGAAUUGGUUCUGGGAUCUAUCGAGGGUUUCAAUCCGACUCCCGUAGGAGAAAAGAAAGCGAGGAAUUCCAACUACUUUGCUGUUCUGUGCAAAUUUCCACCUGCGGCUUUCUGUUUGGCACUCUUCCAUGUGGAUCCAAGUUUGACCAGUAAAGUGAGAAAACAAACCAAUCAUUGUCGUUUUUUGGUUUGCUCUCUGGCUCUGUUCUGGCUCGGACCGGUCAAAUUGCAUGCACUCGGUUAA